GUAAAAAAUCCGCCUAAAUUUCUCCAAAUCAGUACUUAUUAAAUCAUUUGAUACCUGCUGGUUCUCAUUUUCUACUCAUGCAGUUCUGCAGUUCUAAUUUGUGCUUAUGCUUCCUUGACCGGCAGCAAUACAAGAACCGAGUAUCUGAAGAACGCACCGAGGCGCCGCAUUCUGUUGUGUAUGAGCGACCUGAAACCACAGAAACCGACGAAGAACGAGGUGAAGAUACCAAAGACGUGCAGUAUGGGAACAAGUUAGCUUGGUACCACAAGACAUUCUGGAUAAUGUACAGCAUCACAGCGAACGUGACACUGGCCAUCGCUGUCUUCUAUUACGGGUAUUUCUACUUCAGGGAAAAUCCAGACAAAACUGGUGCUGGCCUCGUAAACGAUCUCACUAAGCACGCGUUUGCUACAAUGUUCCUUCUUUUGGAGACCUUGACAAGUGGAAUACCAGUGUUCUUUACCCAGGUUAUCUUCUCGCUGAUCUUCACAGGAAGCUACAUGUUAUUCACAGUUAUAUUCUGGCUCGCUGAAGGAGUAAAUGACAAAGGAAAGAAACAAAUCUACGAAGGAAUAACGUAUGGCAUCACUCCGGCCGGUUAUGUUGUUCUUGGUGUGUUUCUUUUCGCUUGCACUCAGCUAAUAAGUCAACUUGCUUUGUUGGGAAUUUAUAAGUUGCGUCGUCGUUUUUGUGAAACGUCUAGCAGGUAAAAUAACUUGACAGAUGUCAAGCCAUUGCUAACCUUGUCAUAAAUGAAGAAACCUAUUGCACCGGAUUAAUGAAUUAAGUAUGUCAUUAUGAACACCUAGUUCAUUUUUCAACCACGGAUAACUUGCUGUAAAUCUCUCAUUCACUAGCGGGCUUCUUCAUUACUUGUACCAGGGAAUGUGGGUUUUUAAUGGAGCGGGAGAGGAAGCUUCUUUAAGAAGAAUAUGGAGAAUUAUUUUUAUCAUGGUGAAGGGAGAAUACCGUAAAAUUCCACGUCAAAGUCCGGGGCUUAUAUAACUUCAUAAGGGGCUUAUAAUA